UUGUGAGUCGUCGUGACUCGUGAGCAGCUAACUCAACCAGAAAACACAGAGCCCUAACCAAACCCAACAUUUCACUUUCUUCUCUAAACAAAAUGACAAAGAAUCCAAAGAGGUCCCUCUCUGAUUUCCCCGAAGAAAUCAUCACAGAAAUACUCGUUCGACUUCCGGUGAAAUCCGUUCUCCAAUGCAAGUCCGUUUGCAAGCCUUGGCUACACACCAUUUCAAACCCUAAUUUCAUCAAAUCUCACCUCCAUCACGCCAUCACCGCUUCUCGGUAUGAUCCCACACUUCUCAACAUCAUUAAUGUGACACAACUUGCCUUGCUCGCUAUUGAACCGCUCCUCCUUUUCGCCGAUCCAGCUGAAUUGCAACAGCAACAACGACGACAGCUUGUUAAUCAGGCCCUUGAUGAUGCCGACUCCCAAGAUUUGUCGGGAUCGCCUUUGCAGCUUGCUCGCCUUGAUAUACCAGGUCGGCUCGGAUUGUCUCAAUUUGUUGGUUGUUGUAAUGGUAUUAUAUGUCUAUGUAAUAAUGAUGAUGAUGUCUAUCUUUGGAAUCCAUCAAUCAAAAUGUUUAGGGAAAUUGUAUUUCCCAACCGGGAUGGAAAAAUAUCAGCUACAGUUGGGUUUGGCUAUGAUCGUAUCUCGAAUGAAUACAAGCUCCUUAGGUUUGUGUAUGAGAGCAGGGAUGGCGUUGUUCCGAUGGCCAAGGUGUAUUAUGUAAAUGCCGAUUAUUGUAGAGAAUUUCAAAGUCCGAAUUUGAAGACACAAAUUUAUCCAGUGGCGCAAAGUAAUAUUGUUGUCAACAAUGUUCUGUAUUUUGUUGGCGGAGAUCAGCUAGUCUCUUUUGAUUUACAUGAGGAAGCGUUUGAACUAGUUGCGUUUCCUAACAUUAUACAAAAAAAGAUGUCAGAUGUUAUGGAUUUCGAAGGUUCUGUUGCUAUUGUCUUUGAGUCUGGAACUGGGGUUGAUCUAUGGACGUUGGAUACUGUUUCUGGUGUGUUUUCUUGGACCAAGAAGUUCAGCAUGGAGUAUGGGUUGGAUGAUUUGGAUACAGAGAUAUGGCUGUCUUGUUAUUUGGGUGCAAAACAGUUCUAUGGAUGGAAGUUGCUGAAUGGAAAUUAUUUCGUGUAUGAAAUCUUGUAUGACUAUGAGAAGAAAAAUAUCAAAUAUUACAGUCUUGGAGAAGAGUAUGUUAAGAUAUACCGAACUUCAGAGGAGUUGGAGGCAAUGAUUCGUUUAUUGCUGGAAGACUCAAUUGUACCUGUUCAUACAGCUUUCAAAUACACUGAGACACUUGUUUCACUUGACAGGUUUGAACCAGUAGAAAAUGCUAGGAAUGAACUAUCUACUAAUUCUUGGGGAUUCAUACAUGAGUCAUAACUGAAAGGUAAGCAGCACAAGGCAAGUGAAGUGUUGUUAGAGCAAGUCCAAUAGAUGUGCUAAAUCAAGUCUUAAAUCCAAAAAUAGGGAAUAUGGGAUAAAAUUGCACUCCAACACUAUGCUAGUGAUGUGCUAAAUCACUAGCACAAGCCUUCCCUUCCCUAUUUUUAGAAUAUGCUAGCCACUUCUAAACUAUUUUUAUCAUUAAAAUAUUCAUUUCCCUCUCUCCUCCACAUCAUUUCCCUCUCUCCUCCACACCAAAAUUGUUUAAAUUUAAUAUUAUUAUAAUAAUAGGGAAUGGAUAUAGGGAGUACUAUUAGAGCUCAUGUGCUAAAUCUUGUGCUAAAUCACUAAGACAUAUUAUUUUAUAAUAUAUUUAGGGAACCUCUCUUGCUUCAUAUCUAUGAGAAGACCCUACUGUCUAACAAUUUACUACUAUUGACUAUCUAGAUAAAUAUGUUGCAAGUAUAGUUUGCUAUAUCUAUUUGAAGGGACCAGGUCUCUGGCAUACGGCUGCCAGGGACUGGUUAUACAACAGCCCAUUUCUUGGCCGCUAGAUAUGCAUCCAACGGCCAGGAAAUGGGCUGUUGGUUAAGCGGUCCACAGCAACCGGUUGCUGUGGACCGCUACCCCUAUUUGAAAUGGGUGGAUAAAUGGCGUGUAGAGCCUUUGUUCUUUGUUUCUCAGUAUGUUUGUAUUAUGGAACAUUUGCUCUGUUUAAGAAUCUUAAAUUAAUUUUUUACUUCCACUGAACUGAAAUGGGUUGAUGAAUUGCGUAUAGAGCCUUUGUUCUAUCUUC